UCCGAUCACAGGGCAGACACUUUAACCACUAGGCCGCUGAGUAGUUAAGACUUUAUGCUGUCCGCGGUGCUGAAUACGUGACGUCAGUCUUCCACCGCCUCCGUGUGUGUGUGUGUGUGUGUGUGCGUGUAUUAAGCGAGCAAGGUGUGUGUGUGUGUGUGUGUGUGUGGUGUGUCACCGGCUAAGCUAACAGGCUAGCAGCGGAGGGGUCUCCAUCAGCGGGCGGCGGAGAAGACCGCAGGCGGCAGAGAGGAGAAGCUUGCGACCGAGAGACCGAUCCUUGCCAAGCUGACGCCUAAACCCUGGGAGCAGUGACCCGUUUGGCUGCAAAAUGUCCGAUUUCGACAGCAACCCGUUCGCAGACCCGGACUUCAACAACCCGUUCCAGGAUCCCUCGGUGACACAGGUGACCCGGUCUGCCCCUCCUGGUGGUCUCGAGGAGUACAACCCCUUCACAGAUGGCAGAACGGCGGCCCCUGGAAAUGCGCCCAAAUCUAACCCAGCACCUGCCCAGAACACACAGCCUGCCAUCAUGAAGCCCACAGAAGAGCCCCCAGCUUACUCGCAGCAACAAACACAGGACCAGGCACGUGCUCAGGCAGAGUUGCUGAGAAGGCAGGAAGAGCUGGAGAAGAAAGCAGCCGAGCUUGACCGCAGGGAGCGAGAGCUGCAGUCUCACGGAGGUGCGGGUCGUAAGAACAACUGGCCUCCGCUCCCUCAGAAGUUCCCUGUCGGGCCGUGUUUCUACCACGACAUUGCAGUGGACAUACCCAUCGAGUUCCAGAAAACGGUUAAGAUCAUGUACAACCUCUGGAUGUUCCAUGCAGGCACGCUCUUUGUCAACAUGUUCGGCUGCCUGGCCUGGUUCUGUGUGGAUCCAACCCACGGUGUGGACUUUGGUCUUGCCAUGCUGUGGUUUUUGCUCUUUACACCAUGUUCCUUUGUCUGCUGGUACAGACCGCUUUAUGGGGCUUUCAGGAGCGACAGCUCUUUCCGCUUCUUCGUCUUCUUCUUCGUUUACAUCUGCCAGUUUGGAGUUCACGUGCUACAAACCAUCGGCAUCACUGGUUGGGGCACAUGUGGCUGGAUCACGGCUCUUAUGGGUCUGAACACCAGCAUCCCAGUGGGCAUCAUCAUGUUGCUCAUCGCUGCACUCUUCACCACACUAUCUGUGGGCUCGCUCAUCAUGUUUAAAAAGGUGCACGCACUGUAUCGAACCACCGGUGCCAGUUUUGAGAAGGCUCAGCAGGAGUUUGCCACGGGCGUCAUGUCCAACAAGACGGUCCAGACUGCAGCCGCCAACGCUGCGGCCAACGCCGCGUCCAACGCCGCCCGCGGGGCCUUCAAAGCCCAGCCAUAAACACACUUUCACACACGCCCAUCAGCCAACUCACUCACACAAACUGCGGAUGCACAACUACCGGACCCGUGAAAAUCACCCGACUCGCUAAUGUUGCUACGCUAACAUUGAUUGGCUCUUGUGCAUCCUCACCCAAAGUCCGAACUUUAAAACUAUUGUGCCCAAAACUUCCCCUCAAACGAAGUCACGCUUCGCCAUGUCGCGCACUGCUGCAACCCCCAAAACGAUCCCCUUUUCACUCAUCACAGUAGCUAAUCCAGUCAGUGCUUUGUCCCCCAGGAAGGAGCGGGGUCAACGUGUCAAAGAGAAGUGAUCUGCAUGUCCAUCGGUUGCUUAGUGAAUGGAAGGAUGAACAUGUGUGCGUGUGUGUGUUUGUUACAAUCAUAUGUCUUCGUAGAUCGUCACAAAAACUAAAGCUGCUAGAAUCUGAACGUGGCCUCUUGCUAGUUUGUGGUUCCAUUGCGUAUACAGCAAACAUGCCGUUGAUCAGGGGUCUCAAACACGCGGCCCGCAGGCCAAUUGCGCCCCGCGAUACGUUAUUUUGCGGCCUGCACCUUGAUAUGAAAAUUUUAUGUUGGUGUGACCCGCGAGGUUUAUAUGUAUGGCACUUUACAAGGUUAUAUUUGUGUACUUUCGAUUUUCCCAGGAGACUCACAAUUUUCAGUGCCCCUCCAGGGGUAAUCAUUCUCCCGAACUUUGCUUAUACAACAUUAUCAAGGCUGCCUUUGAAGUCCUCUGCAACCUGUACAAAUUGCGUGCCAGCCCAGCCACAUGUUGUAAUUGGCUUCAGUAGACACAAUAAGUGACUGCAAGACAUAGUUGAUCAACAGCCACAAAGGUCACACUGAGGGUGGCCGUAUAAACAACUUCGACACUGUUACAAAUAUGCGCCACACUGUGAACCCACACCAAACAAGAAUGACAAACACAUUUUGGGAGAACAUCCGCACCGUAACACAAAAUAAACACAACAGAACAAAUAACCAGAAUCCCAAGCAGCCCUGUUUGUCAAUCUUGUUUGGUGUGGGUUCACAGUGUGGCGCAUAUUUUUAACAGUGUCGAAGUUGUUUAUACGGCCACCCUCAGUGUGACCUGUAUGGCUGUUGAUCAAGUAUGUCUCGCAGUCACUUCCAUAUAAAAUGUGACUGGGCCAGCACACUGGAGAAGCGGACGAGACGGCAGGUUGUAGAGGACGCUAAAAGCAGUGCCAUCUCAGCACGCCCUUAUUGUUAUUGUCCGGGUGAAAACCGGGAAAAUGAUUGCCCCGGGAGAUUGUCGGGAGAGGCACUGAUAUUCGUGUGUUUCCCGGAAAGAUCGCGAGAGUUGGCAAGUAUGUUGCUAGGGCGGGAAAGCCAUUCAAAGAAGGUGAAGUCAUAAAAAAGUGCAUGUUAGUUUUUUUUAAGAAAUCUUUUCUUGGGGCCCAGCCUCACUCUGUUUCUGCAUCCAGUGGCCCCCAGGUAAAUUGAGUUUGAGACCCCUGUCGUUGAUAAACAAAUGUGAAAUGGUCAUUAAGUACCCAAAAAAAGUGGGAUUAUGACCUGUAGUUGGCUUUUUGUGGCCCCAUUUGGUCUUUAAUAUUGCUCGGGUUUGAAUUCAUGAGUCACUAGAUAUUGAAAAUAUCAGUGUAUUGAAACUUUCUGAUCAUGUGGCGCCCUCUAGUAGUUAUGGCCCUAAACAACCGCAUAGUGUUUUUGAUGCCCAGAUGACUGAUAACACAGAGGACCUCCAAACAAUGGCAGUGUUAAAUUGUACAGACUACUACACCCCCUAGUGGUGAGGAGUGUGCACGACAGACGGGGAAUGACUGGCGUUUAAUUGUUGGACUGAAAUAAAUGCCUGCAAGUGUUGAUCGCUAACCCUGACUAAACUAACCACAGUAUUUUGGAAUUUUGUUAGCACAUUUUCUUUGGUUUUUAUGUUAGUUGUUCUAAUUUAUGGCAUAUUUUAAGUUGUAUUUUACAAGGUGUAUUAUUAUGUGUGGCAAGGAAGCUUUGAAUGAUUUGUGUGAAAGAAUCAAAACAGACACAGAAAAAAAGAAAUCCCUCAAGUGUUAUUCUACUGUAAAUCCUCAAAAGCUGUGAGUAAUCUACCAAAAGUCCAUUUAGAUUUUUUUUCUAAAGUUUGUGAUGUUCUACAUUACUUUUACUGCCGAACAUGAGAGUUGCCCUCUCUUGUGUUUUGCAGGCGGGUCAACACUCUAAAAUGUUCUUGACCUGUCACCAUUUGUUAGUUCACUGAAUGAGAGACCUCACCCUAAUUUAAAAGGAAUACUGUACUUGUAUAUUUUGUAAAGAUGAUCAGUUGAUGCCCUUAAUGGAGUGGCGUGUAAAAAAAAAAAAGAAAAUUUAAUGCACUCUUGUCUGGCCUUUGUCGCAUGUGAAAUAGUUUUCAGUUUUGUAUAUUUAUGGUAUUAACAUGGAAUAAAGAUUUGAAAAAGA